ACCCACUGUUGUCAAAUCCUGCAGCACUAAGUUGACAAACUAUCGCCUGACCUGUGAAGGCAACACCACAGAGGCUGAACCAAUCACCUAUAAGUGGUUUUACAAUGAUAUGGAGGGACCUUCAGGCAAGGUUUGGACUAUAAUAAAGGACAGGUUGGAGACCAGUUUCAGAUGUAUGAUGAUGAACCCAGUCAGCAAUGAAACCAGUGCACACUUCAAAAACCCCUUCAUCAUUCAUGUUGAACCUGGCCUGGUUUAUGGAGCUAAAGGUGACGAUAUGAUCCUCGGACCACCCCCCAUGAAUGAUACUAUCCAAAGCAUAGUGUGGAAACACAAGGCCAAUAUUGCAGCAGAUUGGUAUGAAGCUGGAAAUGAGUUUAUGUGCCAUGGCCAGUUUAUAGGUCGCUGUGAGGUGAACACUGAUACUGGAGCACUGACCAUCAAAGGAAUGAUGCUUAAAGACAUCGGCAUCUACACACCAGAGAUUAACUGCAAAGACUACAACAAGAUUCAACUGUCUGUCAUCUCUCGUGUAACUAAACCCUCUGUUGGCAAAUCCUGCAACACUAAGAAUACUCUCUGUCGCCUGACCUGUGAAGGCAACACUGCAGAUGCUGAACCAAUCACCUAUAAGUGGUUGUAUGAUAAUAAGGAGGAUGGACCUUCAGUCCAAAAGAUACUUCUAACAGAGUAUUUAAAGGAGGACCAUUUUAGAUGUAUAAUGAUGAACCCAGUCAGCAAUGGAACCAGUGAAAGCAUCACAAACCCCCUCAUUAAACAAGAACAGGACUGGCUGAUAUCCAUCCUUGUACCAGUAGUAGUAGUGGUUGUUUUGGUAGUCGUCAUUCUGUUUGCUGUUUUCAUCUACAAACACAUCAGGGAAAAAAGGCGAAGACCAAAUAACCGAAGAGAUGAUAAAAAAGAAAAUGGGACUAAAUAUGAGCUGAAACCACUAAACAACAGCAAAGGAGCCAAAGGGACAUGUGAUAAAACCCAACAUCUCAGCAAUGGAGCUGAUGCCUCAGGAGUACGGAGAACCAGCCUGGUCUCAGACCCCCCUGUGAUACAAAAUGGCCACAGUGGAGCUGAGACUGAGACAGUGACUCCAGAAACUUCCAACCAGAGCCCGGCAGAAGCUGCAGUCUCUGACACUGACCAGGAAACUGACCUCCCAUCUGUAGAGGUUCCUGACCCGCUAAACUCUGGAUGUCUGCAUACCAACAAGGACUCUGAGAAAUCUGCACUGAUGCCAGACAAGAAACCAGAAACCAACUGUGAGCCAUCAGCUGAUGAACAGAGAGCAGAUGACUGAGGAGAUGUUGACUAAACGUGGGUGUUCACGUCUUUCCUGUUUGAUAAAACCUCAAAAAUCACAUUGGUAGAGGCUUCUGUUACAGACUCUGUUUGAAGAUGUUACACUCACUAUGGGACGUGUUACACACACACACACAGAUGACCGCCUUUAUGAGAUGAAAUGCUUUAUUCCUCUUGCUGAAGGUGGUGUGAAAACUUCAAGAAAUGCACUGUUUAUUUCUGACAUUAACUACCUACAGCCACGUCUGCUUGUAAUGUAAAAAUGAAUACAAAUAGCUGCUCUCUGCAGAUCUUACAUUUCAAAAUUACUGCAUGGUUCAGGACCACUGAGUGAUAGUAGUUAAAGGGGGCAUAUUAUGCAAAAAUCACUUUUUCAGGCUUUUCUAACAAAAAUAUGUGUCCCUGGCCUGUCCACAAUCCCCUCAAGUACCAGAAAUAUCCAUUCCCUCUCCCCCUCUCUUUCUCCACCUUUCAGAUAAUAUGUGAUGAAACUAGCCGUUCCCAGAUUUUAGCCCUUGUGACCCCACCAGGGGCCUAAGCACCCACCCCCAGGUUUGGUUGGCCCUCCCCCACUUGGAGGAAAGGUCCGGCCUCCUUUACUGAUCCUCUCAACUACCAGCUGAGAUGCUGGAUAGCUCAGUGGGUUACCCUGCUACUACGGUCUUGGAGAUUGAUGGUUCGAACCCCAGUCAGGUCCUAAGCUUUGGAUAAAAGUGUCUGUGAAAAGUGCUA